AUGGGAAUUGGAUAUGAUAAUCGAUACUCUUCCAUUGGAAAGAGAUCUAGUGGCACUACGCCUGGCUUGGGUUACAGUCAGCCUUUGGGGAGAAAUAACAAAGCUUCAGAAACAAAAUUUCGUACCGCACGAUCAAGAUCCCAAAGCCACAAUAGUGGAUUGGGCAGCACUGCAAAAGACAUUCAAAAGCGAUCCACACAGGGCAGCGAGGUACUGGGCAAUCCAAGGAGCAGACGCACAACGCGUCAGAGCAAACAUAAAAGGAAUGACAAGCGACGAAAAAUAAACGCCCUUAACGACGAAAGGCAUGGAAAACAUUCUUCGGCCUUGCGGAAUGGCAGCUCGCUCCAUGAAGAGAGGAGCUUUGGCCCACGCCGCGGCAGAAGUGGUCGAACGCGAUCCCAAUCCACGAUUAUUAACGCAGCUAGGAAAACACGCGGACCCCAUGGAACUCUCACGGAGUACGGUGCGUUAUCUGGGUCAUUGGGCCGCCACAUUAAACAAAUCGUCACGCCUCACAUCAUUAAUUUAAGAGAAUUGGGAAAAUGGGCAGCGGAAAAAUGUGGCACACCAGAACCAGCAACACAACAAGGUUUGUGUGCACCGUUUAAAGGGCACAAUAUACUGCAACGGUCGCACCGCACCAGAGUGGAAACGAAAGAUGAAGAAGCACGAUUACCGUUGCAACAAAUAGACGUCAGAACGCUAUCCACCAAAUGGAUCAGAGCACGCCUGAACAAAAGUGCCGGGAGGCGUUGGGACGAGGUGUUGAAUAUUAUGCAGAAGCCCGAGUUGCACGCCAGACGGCGUGAAUCCAAUUUAAGAAUUAACAACGCCGAUUCGCAGCGUAUGAAGGAAGCAGGUAUUAUUUGUACAGCUUUCUCACACCCAACCGCAGGGUGGAUGGUACCGUUUACGGUAGUGGAGGAAAAACCCUCCGGGCAGAGAAGGCGAUUCAUUGCUUUGCCAAGAGAGAAGAAUGACAAGGAUGAUUAUGAAGCUGACGUUCCUCUCGCGCAUAUUUCCCGAUACCUGGACGUAGUUUACGACGAAACUGCAACAUUAUUUGAUUUGAAGGCAUCCUUUUUCCAAGUGGCACUACUGGUCAAUAUGCGCGCAAGUUUCUGUUGCCGUACGGAAUCAGGGGAACUCGUUGAGUUCACUCGCCUUCCCAUGGGAUAUAAAUGUAGUCCUGAGAUAUCAAAUACCAUUACACUAGUCCUGGUGGGUGAUCCGGAGUUGGUAAUGUCACAGUACGCUGCACCACAAGAUUUACACAUACAUAUAUGGAUUGGCAACAUAAGAAUAAGUGGACCACACAAAAAGGUGGAAGCUUGGGGUAAGCACAUUUUGAAGAACGUGCAACACUGCGGUGCCACCAUCGGGGAACAGCAGCUAAAUACAAAGGAAUAUGGUUUUAUAGGGGCAUAUUUGAAUCACAAAAACCACACGGUUUCUUUAAGUGACAAAACAAUAAAGAGGUUGCAACAGGCACCUUCUCUAGAUAACGCGACAGUCGAAGAAUUAGAGAGUACGGUUUCGCGGGUGGUGCGCGCAGGAGGGGUAAGGGGAGAAUCCCUUUUCCCUUAUUAUUUCUUUCUAAAAAUUGUACGUCGACGUUUGUCCCGUUUAAAUCGAGGUUUAUCACGGCCACAAGACCCAGCAAAUUUAUCGGCUACUGCCAAAGACAUCGGGCACAGUUGGCUCAACACAUUGUUAAUGAACGGGCCGGUUCAUACACCACAAAAGAUGCCAUCCACGGCAACACUGGUAACAGACGCUUCCAUGUACGGAUGGGGAGCGUUAUUAUUCAAGGAUUCAGGAGAAGUUUUGGCGGGAGGUGGUGCGUGGGAGCACACACCUCACAUGAUAUCGCAAGCAGAGGCGCGUGCCGUUCAUCUGGCAUUACGAGGAUUUAAAAUGCAUUUGACGGGUCCGUUGGAUAUUCGCGUUGACAAUACAACGGUUAUGAAUAUUAUGCAAAAAGGAAAUACGCAUUCGCAGACGUUACUGAAGGAAGCCAACGCCAUAGAUAGAGUUUUGCGCCCAUACAGCAUAACAGCAAAGUGGAGCUAUGUAGCUUCAGAGAACAACCCAGCGGAUGGCAUAUCGAGAGGUAAAUUCAUCAAAAAAUCGGACUUAGCGAAGGUGUGGAACUUGCGAUGGGGAGAGCGGGAAGCGGGCUCUUCAGCACUUCCAUUUCGUCAGUUCUUAGGAUGUUUUUUCGACAGUAUAACUGUCUGGUAA